AGGAGAGUGAGGACAUGGUCAGGGAUGGGAGGGGUGUAGAGAACCACAGUGUUUGUUCCUUGUCUCCUUGUGACACAAGUCGCUUCCUCCAAUAAAGAAGACACAGCUAUGACUGAUCCAAACACAUCUUCUUUGACCCUUGACUUUGACUCCAUCUACGACGAACUAAACUUCACCUACAAUGACUCAGAGUUCAUCUUAAACCCUGAUACGCAGCCCUGCGGAUCCUUCUCCCUCCCAGAUGCAGUCAUGGUUGUAGUCAGUACAUUCUAUGUCCUUGUCUUCCUGCUGGCCAUUCCUGGAAACCUGGUCGUGGGGCUGGUGAUUGGCCUCAGCAAGCAGAUGCUGCCGCCCUCUGACCUCUACCUCCUCCACCUGGCAGUUGCCGACCUCCUGCUCGCCGUCACUCUCCCAUUCUGGGCUGUUUCCGUCAUGUGGGGCUGGGUGUUCGGAGACGCCAUGUGCAAAAUCGUCACCAUCCUCCAAGAGCUUAGCUUCUACUCCAGCAUCCUCUUCCUGACGUGCAUCAGCAUGGACCGUUACAUGGUGAUUGUGCGCGCCAUGGAUGCUCGCAAGGCUAACCGACAGCGGGUCAGCUGGGGAGUUUGUGCUGCCGUCUGGGCUGUCGGAGCUUUGUUGUCUCUGCCAGGCCUCUUCAGUUCUUCAUUGCCUUCUCAAAACAUCAGUCACACGGUGUGCAUUGAACGGUACGAUCCAGGGAGCGCCAACAAUUGGCGGCUGGCCACCAGAAUUCUCCGCCAUGCUUUAGGUUUUUUCAUCCCCCUGGCCAUCAUGCUGCCCUGCUAUGGAGUCACCAUCCGGCGCCUCCUUCACGUCCGUGGGGGCUAUCAGCGGCAGCGAGCCAUGAGAGUGAUUGUGGUCGUGGUGGUCGCCUUUCUGCUUUGCUGGACGCCGUACCACAUUGCAGUGAUGGCAGAUUCGUUUUUCAGGACAAAGAUAGUGCCCUACCAGUGCCCAGCGAGGAUGGCGGUAGAUCAGGCCAUGUUUGCCACCCAGAGUCUCGGCCUGCUUCACAGCUGUGUCAACCCUUUGCUGUACGCCUUUGUGGGAGAGAAGUUCAGGACGAGGCUGCUGCAGCUCAUGAGAAAGGUUGGCGUCUUGGAGAGAGCAUCAGUGACGAGGACCAGCAGGUCGUCACUGUCGUCAGAAAUCACAUCUACGAUCAUGUGACAACCUUCCACCAUUCAGAUAGACCAUUUAAUGUAGGAAUUCAAGUUUUGGACAAGAAAGGGACGGUUUUUGAGGGGCGGGUAUAGUGUUUGAGUCCACAAAACACUUUCAGUUUCAGGGGUAAACAGUUUUUCGGCCUCUUCUUC